AUGAGUUUUUAUUUCUGUUUCUCUUUUUCAGUUGAGCUUCUGCAUAUGCUAGAAUUCCAUUCUUCAGUUAAUUUCCCUGCAGCUCCAUUGCUCACUGUCAUCCUGGCUUUAGUGGGGAUGGAAGCAAUCAUGGCUGAAUUUUUCAAUGACACGGCAAUAGCUUUUUAUGUCAUUCUUAUCGUCUGGACAGCCGAUCAGUUCAAUACCUACUGCUGCCAGUCCAAUAUCUCAAAACGAUACUGGUUGAGGUUUUUCUACUUGUACCAUUUCUUCUUCUAUGCGUACAGCCACAGAUUCAAUGGUCAUUAUUCUUUCGCUCUUUUGACAUCGUGGUUGUUUAUUUUGCACUCCAUGAUUCAUUUUUUCCAUCAAUAUGAACUACCUCUGCUGUUUCAGUUGGCCAACAACGCCAAUAAUCAAAACCAAGGUAACAAUUCCCGGCCGAGGAACGAGUCGCCUGAAAAUCCAGAAGCUUCCAGCCAAAGAACGGUGCCGUCCAAUGAUUAUUCUGAAGAGCCUGCUGCUCUUGCCUCCAGCCAAAGUACUACCCGUGAUGGUCCUCACAACCAGAAUUCCACACCAGGUGGUGAUUCUGUCGAUGAAAUUGCAGUUUCAUCAGAAAAUCCUUCAGAGAGAGACUCUGAUAAUAAUCCUUCUCCGAGCCACAAUACCAGAAGGUAUAACAAUAGUUUAAAAAUUUUAAGAUGCAUUAUAUUAAAGAAGGAUUCCUACCAGCUCAGAAGCAAUAUAAGCCAAGUUUUUAAAAACAAAGAUUUAAAAAGUAAAGAAAUUCUCAACUUCGCUAGCUCAAAAUCCCAAUCGAAUAAGCGAAAUGUGUGUUAGGUAGGUGUGUGAUGAUAGUUUUCAAAAUCCUGCAUCUUCAAGUGAUUUCUCUCUUUUUUUUUUUUUUUUUUUUUUUUUUUUUUUUUUUCUUCAGAGAAAGAUGGCUUUAAAAUAUUUAUUGUAGCAUAAAUGUUGAUAAUUUUGUCAGUUGUGGCCAUAAGAAUGUCUGCACUUGCAAUGUUGAGGUGAGGCAUUCACAUGGGUGCAUUUUGGUGAUUGUUAAAUGAUUGAUUCCUCCAGAUAUCUACAGCUCAGUCAUGUAGAAUGCUCAUUAAAAAGUAGCCAGAUAUAUAUCUGUCUAGCAUCAGUUAUAUAGGAUGGCCCACUAAAAUGUUGCCCUCCUCCAGUAUCAGUACCAAGCUGUUUGGAAGAGGCCUUGUUCUCUGUCUGCUGACUAUUCUAUCUCAGUGUUCCCCAGCCUUUUUAUCACCGAGGGCCGAUUAAUGUUUGAUACUUUUACCACGGCCCGCUGGGGGGGGGACGUUUUUUGUUUAUAUUUUAGAUUAUUUUUAUUUAUUAAUUUAAAUUUAAUUAUAUUUAAACAUGCCUUCAAAAUAAAAUACAGUUACACUAAAAAAAAAUACAGUACA